AUGCAAGAUUAAUAGAGUAUAUUUUCAGGAUACACUAAUCAUUGGAAUAAGUUAAAUGCAACGAAAGAGAAAAGUUAUAUGUUAGCUAAGUCAAUUGAUAAACAUCCAGAAUUUAAGACAGAAAUUUUAGAUGCUUAAAUUUAAUCAAAGACUAAGAACAUUUUCAAAGAUCCAAUAAGUGUGUAAUUGUGCAAAUAUGAUUCUGCUAUUGGUCCAAAAUUAGAAAAUAAUAAAAUAGUUAUAAGAUCAAUAGUAGGCAAACCAGACAUUUUCAAAAGGAAACUAAGCUAAAUAACAGGAUAGGAUCCAAAAUCAAGUAGUAGAAGAACUUUUGCAAAAGGAAAUACAACAAAUACAUUUAGAAAUAACAAUACAACAAAAACUUAAUAAGUAUUUACAGGGGAAGAGUUGUUGGCUAAAGUAAAUUUAAUUGAGAAGCACUUAUUUGAGUCUCGUUUAAAAGAGGAUUAAGAAUUAAUUAAAAUGCCAUUCUAAAAGAAAUAGAUAUAGUUGAAAGAAACAAGAGCUUUAGAUGAAUAUUUAAAAUUAGAAAAAGAUUAAAAUAAUUUAUUAUAAGAAGUGACAAAAUAAGCAAAUAAAGAUCCAAGCAAAUCAGUAAUGAUGGAUUGUUAUAGAUUUCGUCGAAGAUAAGAAUAUUGUAUAACAAAUGACUCAUUAAAUAGAAAUAAUGAUGAUAAGACAAUGAAGAUAUUGUAAAUUAAUAAUUUUUAAUUAGGGAAAUAGAUGAUGAUAGUGGAUAUCCAUUAUUUAUGAUGUCAUAGAAUGAUUAAGUCAUAAGAAAGCCAAGUAUUAUUAAUUAAGAUGAAACAACAUAAUCAAUAUUAAGACAAUUAAACGAUGAACCUGUCUACCGAAGUUUCUCUAGUAAAGAUUAUUUGAAAUCUCAAUCUAAUAGAUAUACAAAGAUAGCGGCUGAUAAAAUUAAUAUAAACAUUGAUAACUUACUUAUUUAAGGAUUGAGUAAAUUAGAUUAAGAAAUUAAAUUUGAUAUCAAUGCCAAAUAUUUACUCAAACCAAUAGAUAAAGGUAAUGGUGAAGAAACAAUUACUGAAAACUAUCCAUCUUAUUAUAAAAUAAAUUACAAAUGA